AUGAAUGUCGAUGGAGAAAGCAGUUUCUUGCCAAUGGAUCAGAAAGCACUCUCACCGAAUGCUCUCAUUGCUGAUGGUCAAUACCGUGCUACCUCGCUGGGUCGUGAUGAAUGGAAGAAGCUGAUCGGUCCCGCUGCCUCCUUGCAGGAACACCGCAACCAUGAAGAGUUCAAUUCGUUUGUGGAAGGCGACUAUAGGAAGGUACGAAUUGGAAUUCUGGGUAACGAACAAGGUGAUUGUAGUAGCCCUGAUUCCAUGAUCGGAUUUGGAGGAUCGUCGUUCGAAAACACGUGUGGAAAUACAGCUCUGGGAUGGUGA